AUGGGCGGGUUCGACUCGGUCAAUCAAAAUGUAUUCGGGCUCACCGCACUGGUUGUAUCACUUGUGGCGCUCGUGACGACGGUUCUGCAAGUCCUCCAACAGUAUUUUUCAAGCGCUGAAGGGUAUCGAAGAUGUGCGAGGUCGGUGAUGGGAGCUUGGUCGUCUGGGACACAUCGAAAGCUUGUCGCCAGAGAAUUCAGAGUUGAAGUGGUAUUCGAGACACCGGUUAUCCUCGUAGCUCCCCCAACGAACAAGAAGGGUCCAAUUGCUGGUCGACCGAUAUAUUAUAUUGACGGAACGGAUGAAUCAUAUCGUACUACAAGAGUCUUGAAAAGAGAUGAACAGGAUGCUCAUAUCAUGAAUGCUGCUGCGAGGGUUCAUACUGCAGAUGACGAGCGUGCUUCUUGGGUUACUUUGUUGUCGGCACUCCAGACUGCGGAAGAAGAUUCAAGAAAAUGGGAUGAUUCAGAGAGGAGAAGAACUCCCCCCAAAAACAACAUUCGGAUACCGGUUCCAUUUUAUGAGAUUGCCGUCGGCCUCCAGAGCAAGACUCGAUCAUGGGAUUUUAUACCCUCCUCCAUUACCAAGCCAUACGCUACGACCGCUAUCUGUCACAUGGUCGAGAUGAUGGCGAUGCUUGGAGUAUACUGGAAGGUCUUUGAUCAGAUUAUGUGGAAUCUGCGAGCGGAAGGAAAUGGGUACAUCUUGACUUCGACGUCUGUUCACGGACUCGGCGUUAUGGUCGUUUUUGCAGUAACAGGAAAAUCGAACUUUACCGAAAGACGUGUCAUUCCUUGCUCAGCAGUAAAAGAGUUAGCCUUUGGGACUGUCCCAAACAUCUUCAGUGAUAACGAUUAUUUGUUGAAGAAUGCGGAUGCUCAGAUCCUACAAUUAGAAUUUGGAACACCAGAAGUGGUAGCGACUACACUAGAAUCCCUCGGAUGCACGCAAGAUACUUUAGCAAGAUGGGGACGUGAUCACAAACAUAUCUUCUCUGUUUCCUUCGAAUUGAUAGGUAUGCUUGGAAAGAGCUUCCGUAUCCGUGGCUCCAACUUCCGCAUGCUCCCCAACCCUACAACUGAUUUCUGGGCCAAAAUGACCUUUCAAAAACCCGCCUGGAAGGUGACCAGACUUAUGGAAGUUUUCCAGGAAAAGCUCACCGAGUUGAUCAAAUCAGAAGGACUCCACGGAGAUCAUGAAAUCGUCAGGAUCUCUAGAACCUGGGCUGACAUUUCCGGACUCAAAACGGGGGCAGAUGAUGACAAAAUUCCUCUCGACGUCUGCGAACUGAUUCAUGACGCUCUUGAUGAUCGCACGGCGUAUCUCCUUAACACAGACAUCAACCAAACGGAAAUCCUUUCCGUUAUAGUUGCGCAUCUUGCCAAGGUGAUGGAGGUACUCGAAGACCAGAACUCAAAACUCAACAACAUAGUAUUAGCAAACAAGGAAGACGAGUUACUCACCUUUUAUUUUUAUUACGUACGACCUGCAGUGGUAGGCAAUUUGGACCCAGGUGGAAAACCGCUGAGCAGAACAGCCAAGGAAACGCGGAAUACGGUAUGGAUUAGUCUAGUAUUCCGUAUGUUGUGUUGGUUGUUGUUGCAUGACUUUGAUAGGCAAGAUGUUAGGGUUGUGCCGACGGAUAUGAAGGGGAGUCGGAUGCCAAUCUACAUUGGAUGA